UUUGAACCCAAGGCUGUUUAGGUUGUGCUUUGAUCAUCAAGUACCUAGGUAGGUUUCCUUUAGGCUUGUCUGUCACGUGCUUCGUACUGUUGUGUCUUUUUUGUUUGUGGAAGUAGAGUGCAGAGAUUGUCCAGAUGUGGCAUCUAAGUCGAUCUUUUUGGCAUAUUUUUUCUUAAUCUAAUCUUUGAGUGUCCUUUGUUCAUCGCAUGUUUUACUCGAGGAACAUUUUGUAGCGUCUUGAAAGCCUAGAAUCAUGCGGCAACAAUUCGCCUUGCAUGUUUGUGGCAUAUCUGCAUGGGACUUUCGUCAAUCCAAUUACGCACUUGGGUGGCUGAGAUCAUUACUGCAUGGCACUUUUGCUCGUCCAGUGAAAUCCUGCUUGGGAUGGCUGCACUGCACUUUUGUCGAUCCAAUCAAACGCCGACCAGACAACGAGAUCUGUGAUGGUUGUCAACCUCAGCUUUCAGCAUAUAUCGAACCCACUGCCUCACCGAAAAGUCGCAACCAUUUCUUCCUGGAAGCUUCAGCAAGUAUCGAAGUACUCUCCAUUGGUGAACUCAUCCAACAUGGAAACUGGGCAGUCCCAAAACAAUGUCACCGCAGCCUUCUCUUUUAUCCCCGUUACGCAGCCUCACCACCCACAACCUCAAGGGUUCUCCAAGAAAGACUGGGAAGACUUGAAACCUGUCAUUCAAACUCAAUAUCUUGAACAUCGCCAGACAAUAGGACAACUUUCUCAGUACUUGAAAGAGAACCACGGAUACAAGCCAACAAAAAGGCAGCUCCUAUCUCGAAUCUCGGCGUGGGGGUUUGAAAAGAACGUGAAGAAGACUGAACGAAGACAGCUUAUUCAAAAACACCGCGAUGAGCUCGAAAACUCAGAGUUUGCACCAAGAAAUCUGAGAGGCCGGACAAUCAAGAAGGAAAAGUUGAUUCGUUGGGUGAGACAAGAAGAGGGAGAAGUUGGAGGAUCAAUGAUCGAUGAUAGCGACGAAGUCAUUCUAGCAACGAUGGAGGCUCCAAAAGAACCAACAACAGAGAAUACUUCAGUUGCCGACAACCAGAGUGCCCCUGACAAUCUGAUUGAUGAUCUCGAAGUUGUGUCAAGUGCCCACAGUGAGCACUAUCCAUUCGGCCAAGGGUGUAUCGACGUCAUUGGAUCACCGAGACUUACCGGAUUGUUUGGGCUGUUGACGAUUGAAGAAUUUGGCGGCAUUCCCGACCUGGACUUGAGUUCCAAUAAUUUUGAAGGUGUCAACAUGUCGGAUGUGGACUUGAUGGACCUUUGUAAUGGAUCCGAUAGCGAUGUUGGCGAAGUUCUACCUGAAAACGACUCCCGUCUAGUCAACUUUACAUCUCCCGCGAAGACAUCGAGACUCGACAAACUUCUAGAAACUUGGACGCAAUCGGGUCUGCAGUUCGAAUUAUACCCGUUUCCCGAGUCCUCAAAUCGAUCCUUCGAUACUCGAUACUUCACUUCAAACACCUCUGCCCUCCCAAAGAUGUCCGAGUCGGAGUGUCUGACUAAAUUCCGAAAAUUGAGGCAUCUGGCUGUUGUCGAAGUCAGCAAUCUUGCUGGUCGAAUGAUGACCAUCGCUAAGGGACUGUACAUGUCAAGAGAUUUUGCCUCUGCGGAACGCUGGUACCGGCGCAUAGUCACAGCAAAACAAAAGAUAAGAUGGCACAAGCCAGAGGAAACUUUGCAAGCUUGCCUAGCAGUUCUAAGCUGUCUACGUCACCAAGGCCGAUACAGCGAAAGUCAACAGCUUCAUAAUGACUUGCAUGCAAAAAUCGAGGUAAUCUUGGGUAAUGAUCAUCGUAUAUCCAUUCGGUCGCAGGAAUUAAAAGCGGAAAUCCUAUAUUACUUGGGACAUUCGGCAGAAUCAGAAGCUAUUGAUCGGCAGAUUCUCCAGAUUCAACUGAGCAGCUUUGGGGUUAGACACGCUGAGACACUCACCAGUCUAGGAAACUUAGGAUCGGACUUGGUAAGGCACAAGAGAUGCCCGGAAGCUCAACGUCUACUUGAGGCUGUCAUAUCUUUCCGAUAUCAAGCAAUGAAAGCUCCAGGGGCCAUUGCAAACAAUGAACUAGGCUUCCUUUAUUCCAUGACUUGUCUUGCUUCAAUUUGAAACUCUGACAAAAAUUAUGAUGAAGGUUUGAAGGUUCUCGACUGUGUACAAAAACUUCUGGGGAAAGUAACAAGGGUUAAAUGCUACGAGGUAUACAAGUAUCACUAUCAACGAGCUCGCACCUAUGAAUACCAAGAACGCUUCGAUGAAAGCGAAAGUAUCUUCAAAGG